CGGUUGGAACAGGAAACGGAAAAAAAACGUUAACUCUGCGGGGUAGCAGAGCCGAACAACAAGCAAACAUGGUGUCAAGACAGGUUAUCUUUCUUGUCGCUCUAACUUGUGUUUGUGGACAGGUAGCCUCAGAAAGACAGCUGGUGUAUGCUACAGUGUUGUUUCGACAUGGGGACCGAUCACCGGUGAAGGCCUUUCCUACUGACCCCCACCAAGAAAAUGCCUGGCCUCAGGGCUUUGGGCAGCUGUCACAGGAGGGGAUGAGGCAGCAUUAUGAGCUGGGUCAGUUUCUGAGGAUGCGGUAUCAAAACUUCCUCAAUGAAUCCUACAAUCGUCAGGAGGUUUUGGUCCGUAGUACAGAUUAUGAUCGCACCCUGAUGAGUGCUGAAGCCAACCUUGCAGGCCUCUACCCUCCUAAAGGUCAGCAGAUAUUUAGACCCAGCUUACAGUGGCAGCCCAUUCCUGUGCACACCGUACCGCAGAGCGAAGAAAGGCUCCUCUCAUUUCCGUUGAGGGACUGUCCUCGCUACGAACAGCUGAUGAAUGAAACUGAACACACAGCAGAGUUUCUCAACAUUACAACAGAAUACAGGGACUUGAUCGAGCUCGUUAAAAAUAAAACGGGGGUAAAGAACACCAAUGUGGAAACAGUGUGGAGUGUGUAUGACACACUCUUCUGCGAGUCCCGUCACAACUUGUCAGCUCCGGACUGGGUCACCCCCGACGUCAUGGAGAAGCUGAGGUUUCUGAAGGACUUUGGAUUUCAGGUCAUAUUUGGGGUCCAUAAACGGCAAGAGAAGAGUCGUCUGCAGGGAGGUCUCCUGCUUGGCGAAAUAGUUAAGAAUCUCACCGAUAUGGCCGUCCCAGACCCACAUCGACAACUCAAACUGAUGAUGCUCUCAGCGCAUGACACAACACUAGCAGCUCUUCAGGCCAGUUUGAGUGUGUUCAAUGGAAAGCAGCCGCCCUAUGCCUCCUGUCACAUAAUUGAAUUGUACAGAGAUGAAAAUGGGUCUUCGUCGGUGUCCAUGUUUUACCGCAACGACACCAGCAUGAAGCCGUACUCGGUCCAAUUGCCAGGGUGCACUCUGGACUGCCCCCUGCAGGACUUUAUCAAGAUCACAAAGCCGUUCAUCUCCGACGACAGGGACAAGGAGUGCCAGCUGCCGUCGCAGUGGAGAGACAGAAAAGUCAUCAUCACCUUAGCCUUGUCAGGUUGCGUGCUCGUUGUCCUCAUCGCCAUCAUCCUCUACGUCCUUUGCCGGUACAAGAAGUCCAGCGGCAACAGGGGAUACCAUCAUGUGAUCACCCAGGACAUCGGAGAUGAAUCCUGACAGAGGCACAAGCUACUGCUUCGGAGAUCUACGAGCCUUGCCUCCUGGGACAGCAGCAACAGCGACAAUGACGAUGAUGAACUUUGAAAGCAGAGAGUUCAGGAACUGUCUUUACAGAUUCCUGUACCUCCUAUUGGAAUAACAUCCGAACGUUUUAUUCAUGCGGGUCGUGGUUUGGGCACAAUAUGACUGGUUUUGUUACACUUAGUGUGUGAGGUUUGAUGACCAAGAUGCCUUAUUUUCUA